GACACCACCUCUUCCGUUCCGUUCCGUUUCUCCCUCCCCCUCCAACCAGGCAACCCCCCAGCGCAGAAGCACGGAGCUUCUCCACACACACCGCACCGCCCCCGCCCGCGCGAAUACCGAGGCGCCCCUCCGAUCCGCCCUCCCCACCGCGUCCCCUAGGGCUAGGGUUCCGCGCCCUCGUCCUCCCCGCCUCCCGACGCGGCCCCGCCACGCCAUGAGGGUCCACCCGGCCCCGCGGAAGCGCACCAUCGCCGUGCAGCGCUGCGCGGCCGCGGGCGCGCUCGGCGGGAAGAAGCUGCGCCGCCUGCCGCACAUCUUCGCCAAGGUGCUGGAGCUCCCGUUCGCGGCCGACGCGGACGUCUCCGUCGAGGAGGACGCGGCCGCGCUGCGGUUCGUCGCCGCCGCCGUCGACGGGUUCUCCCCCGCGGGCGCCCGCGCGCACGCCGUCGAGAUCCACCCGGGGGUCACCAAGGUCGUCGUCCGGGACCUCGCCUCCGGCGGCGCCCACGACGACGACGGGGCCGCGGCCUUCGAGCUCGACCGGUGGCGCUUCCGCCUCCCGCCCUGCACGCGCCCCGCCAUGGCCACCGCCACCUACGCCGAGGGCGAGCUCGUCGUCACCGUCCCCAAGGGCGCCGGCCCCGAUGACGGCGACGGCGACGGCGACGGCGACGGGGCCACCGUCCUCGGAGGCGCGGAGAGCGUCCUUGUGCUUGUAUAGUAUAUUUAUGCCAUGACUCGCCUGUUUCUACUACUACUAAUAUCAAUAUUUAUAUCAUGCGAGAUAAUGAUGAUGAUGAUAAUAUGCUAAUAACAGAGCAGUGAGAGUAUGAACAAUGGAUGCGGAUCACCGUUUGCUUUGAAUCCUCUGAUCUGCUCAUGCUGCUCUUGGUGGUCCUGUGUCUGUUCUUGCAAACCACUUGUGACAUAUAACUGUACUUUUAAGUUGGUUAGGCGGGUUAAGUUCAGCAUGAAUUAGCAUUCAGGCAUUUGUUGCAUUAUGAUUAGCUCAGUGAAAUUGAAUAAUCAAAUGAUCUGGGUUAGAAAUUGGGAUAUGCUAAUCAGGUUGGUUCAGGAAUUGGGAAGUUGCUUCAAUAGACUCUUCAUGGGAGAUGAAGAAUCACCUUUGUAUCUAGUGAUGUUUUGUAGUAAGCUAGCGAAUCUGGACACUGCAAGACUAAGAGUUGACCCAAUAAUUCACUUGAUGCUGGAGUGCUUUUGAGCAAAUUUUCAAUCUCAUUGCAUCUGAGAUGGACAGAUGAUUUUAGUGUCUGGUGGUAGUUGUCAGGCAACUUGGCUAUUUUAGUUAUCUAUGUGCUUCUGUUGUGCAGAACUGAUGGAAAUGAUUGCGUUGUGAUUUGGUGGUUAAGAUGUCACGGUUUGAUUAAUUCAGGUUUUCUUUUUCUUAUCAGCUUGUCUAUAACUUAAUCCAGGCGCCUGGGUCAUAAUCUUUGGGCGUAUUUUAACCCCUCGGAUUGGUGAUGCCUGUCAAUUACCAAACUGUUUAAAGGAGAUAUCUUGUUUUGCAUGCAUCA